UUAAGUUUGCUGGUAAAACGACCUCAGUGUGGUAGGAACCGAAGUGCGGCGGAACCUUCAUUAAAACCGGGUAAUGCUGCGGGUGCGACACACAUAGGACGUAAACAACUCAUUCAAUCUGCCAGUCGACUGUCAACUAUUGCAUUGUUUUAUUAUUAACGCUAUGUUAUAUAUUUUUUAGAUAAACACAGCUUGUUGUUGUUUUUUUAACAUUAUGUACUUUUAACUUUAACCCAGUAGCAGUUAACCGCACGUCAACCGUUUGAAAAUGAUAUACCAUGUUCCCUGGAUCUACACACCGGUGCGGACUGUACUGGCAAUCUGGCACCAGCUCACUAAGACUGAGAUCCCGGAGCUGGCCAAGUGCUCUGUGCUGAUGAGGGAGCGCAGCAGAGUUGAGGAGACAAUCUACGCCAUGCAGCGAGCAGGAGCAGGCAGCCUGCAGGUAAUUUCAGACUUUGAUAUGACACUGACCAGAUUUGCUUUCAACGGAAAGAGAGUUCCCACCACACACAACAUCCUGGAUAACCGAUUGUUGAUUGAUGAAGAAUGCACUAAAAAGAUAAGGGAGCUGCUGCACAAAUACUAUCCCAUAGAGAUCGAUGCUAGGAGGACUGCUGAAGAAAAGCUGCCUCUCAUGGUGGAGUGGUGGACUAAAGUCCAUGAGCUGCUGAUUCAGCAGAAGAUCAGGAAGGACAUGUUGGCCCAGGCUGUGAAGGAAUCCAGCGCUAUGCUCAGAGACGGCUACAAAGUGUUUUUUGACUGUCUGACGGAGCAGCAGGUCCCUCUGUUGAUCUUCUCAGCUGGAGUUGGAGACGUCCUGGAGGAGGUGAUUCGACAGAACCACGUCUUCCAUCCCAAUGUCCACAUCAUCUCCAACUACAUGGACUUUGACAAAACUGGGGUCCUGCGAGCAUUCAAAGGCCAACUGAUCCACACCUUCAACAAGAGGGAAGGUGCUCUGUCACACGCAGCUGGCCUCAGAGAGCUGCAGGGUCGACCCAACGUGCUGCUGCUGGGAGACUCUUUAGGAGACCUGACCAUGGCGGACGGCGUGUCUGAGCAUCAGAACAUCCUCACCAUCGGCUUCCUCAACGACCAGGUGGAAGAGAGAAAAGAGUCGUACAUCAACUCCUUUGACAUUGUGCUGGUCAAGGACGAGACGAUGGACGUUCCCAACGGCAUCCUCCGUUAUAUUACCUCAUCAAGAGACUGCAAAUAAGACAAGAAACACACAGAUGGACUACACUCCAUUCACCAUUUUGCAUCCUAGACAAUCACACAUUAUCACUUACCUCAAACCAGAACAUGAAACUGGACUUUUUAUCUUUUUACUAUUACACUCGCAGUGUUUUGAUCAAAGACAUCGUACCAAAGUCAAGAUCUAAAUUAGGUCAUGCAUUUGAUGUUUAGUUUUGAAGAAGCAAUUUAUACCAUUAAUGCAACCUUGUAGACUACUUAAGGGCUGGGCUUUGAGUUAAACUCUUUCCUUCCUGCUGUUUUAUUUUGUUCGAGGGAAUCCUCAGGAAGUCUUGAUAGAAACUUCACCACCACAGUAGCAAUAUGCCACCUUUACAGAACUCAGUGCAGGGAGAUUUUAUAAUAUAUCUUGUUUUAAAUACAUACAGUACUGUAGCAGCAGCCCUCCUUCUAAAAACAAAUCAGCAUCCUCUUAUAAAUGUCAGUAUAAACAAUAACAGAGUGUAUUUUAGAUAUCUGUCCACUUUUCUGCACACAAAAAACACUGUAAUGUUUCCUUGGCUGUUUGACAGUAUAAGGAGGCUUUUGAAUAUGUUUUACAUAGAUUAGAGAUGGGCGAAUGAAACAGAAGCUUUUGUCAAAUGAGGAAUUCAACAAAAUGUUUCACAUGUAGGCUUUUUAAAUGCAUUUCAAAAUUAUUUUUACUUCAACAUAUUGCACAAUACAUCACUAAUGAUGAAGAGUAGCUUAGAUUCAAUAAUAACAGUCUUGUUGAACUUUUAUUGCAUUAAUAGCUAAAAUAUUAAAAUCGGAGGUUCUGUGCUGCUACCUUCUGUUGGCCACCAGAUGUCACUGUUUGCUGCGUUUGAAUCCCACAAAUGGAAAGAAAGCUUCAUAAAGCUUCAUCCACCCAUCCCUACAUUAAGGUUGUUUAUGAGCAAAAACAUAAAACACAUAUUUUCUUUAUCUGCCAAGCACUCCACUCCAUAAUUAUGCUGUUUUAGUGUGUUUUCUGUAUAAUCUACAUUACAGCAAGUACCUCAUACUCAAGCCUGCACAACUCAUGAGUUUAGCAUACUUGACAGUAAUGCUAUCAUUCUUUAAGCCAUUGUCUUGUGACUAUUCUUUACCAGUGACAGUGAAGUCAAACAUGUCAAUGCCAGCAUCAAACAUGAUGUUACAGGAUGGCAUUAUUACCAGUUAUUAUUUCUUUCAAGUGAAACUGCUAGAAAUUCAGACCUAACAUUGAGCUAGUUGCACCUUACUACUUCACUUUUGUAAGUAUUGUUAUGGACUAACUUCUCAGCUAAACAUGCAUGACAUUUUUAAAUCCAAGUGAAAAGAAGCAACUUUCCCUUUGAAUUUCUUUAUUAUUGUUAAUAAUCCAUGUCUCCAACAGAAAUUCCAUGUAAGUCAAAUGGAAUUUUUAAAAGUGUGAACUAUCCCUUUUAUCAACAUUUUUAUCUUCGUGUGCUACUAAUAAUUAUAAAUAAUACUAAUUUACAAUGUAGAAUUAUAUUAAAAUGUUUUUUUUAAGUUA